AUGGAGGUGCAGGAAGAGCGACCGCCGCCCUACGCCCACAACGAUCCUGAGACGCUGCACCUGCCCUCGGUGCCGACGCAGGACCCGCCACGCGCUGUCGCACCCGCCGGCUCGCCGACCAACGGCGUCCACCUUCCCGACCUGAAGUCACUCGGUCUCCCCGUGGCGACACAUUCGCGCAGCAGCUCCAACCCGCUCGAUAGCCAUGGCUUUGCCAAAUACGCGACCGAAGCCCAGCAAUGGCAGAGCUCGACAGCUCUCCAGGCUGCUUCCUUGCCGCGCGCGCCCGUUACCGCGCCGCGCACCCUCGCCGAGAUGGAUGUGGGCAGCCCUAUGGACACCGAGAGCAUCGUGAGCAUGGACGAGCAGGUCAACGGCAACCCUCAGACGUCUACACGCAACCAGAAAGAGCUUCUUGCUGCAGAGGCGAUUGUUGGUCUGGAUUAUGUCAUGUCGCCUCCCGGCCGUAGCGCAACCCUUCCACCGUCGUCCGAUCAGUCCUCUAGCCAGGAGAGGGAGCCUCUUCUCUCACUGGUGACGUCACGGCAUCCCUGGAUAGGUAAUACGAUCAACGGUUCACUGUCGGCAUACUCAACCACCAAGACAUACUCUCCUCGCUUUGUUCAAUCUAGCGCGGACUUCCUUGAGCGCAAUUUUGCCAGUACCGUGGGCACCGUUGGCCGACGGACUGGCGUGGAAAGCAGUUUGCGUCGCUACCUCGGCGAAAGAGCCAGUGAUGCCGAAACAGGGAGUCAUAAAAGAAGACGGACCGACAAUGACAUGAUGGACAUUGAGGAAGGGCUCCAAACUCCGCCUGUGCGCGCGGCUCGGACCAGAGGAGACUCUGACAUUUCGAGUGUUCGGGAGGAGACCUUGCCCCCUUACGACACCGAACGCUCUCCAGAAUAUGAAGAAAGAAAUACUAAUGGGCACAUUAACGGCCACACUCGUCAGUUAGCCCUACUGAACGGAAACCAGAAAUCUUGCAAUGAAAGCUCGCAGUCGCCGCACUGGUCUACUCGCGUGAUGAUCACGACAUCCGGCCUCGGUGUGGCUCUUUCGGAGAAAUCCCUGCGCAGCCUCAAAUUCUGCUUGAAUCUUCUUCGCGACGCGACUGCGCACAUUGGAACUGCUAUGCGUGCGCUGAAAAUGGUGCUUGAAGACUUCGAGAGGGCCACCAAUGGCUCGAACCAGUACAAUAACGAGAAAAGCGUGGGCUCUCGACAGCUCAUGGAGGAGCAGCAGCGGGAAGAGGAAAGCCGCCGCCUCGCAAAUCGCAUCAAAGCCAUCAGCCAGGAAAUUUGGGAGACUAUCAAGAAAGUCUGCUCAUCCGUCUCGCAAUACACUGGGGGUGCCCUCCCAGAAAAUGCAGGCAACAUUGUGCGCAGGCAACUGCUUUCUGUGCCCCAGCGAUGGCAGGCUGCCAAUGCCGCUUCUACGAGGAACGGCCAGGACGGCGAGGACGGUGAGCCGGCUGAGGUCAGGGGCGCCAACCGCAUGCUCGCGUUCGCAAAGGAAGGUUUGGAUAUGAUCGCCCAGGUCAGCCUUGUUGUCGAAAGCACGAUCAAGAGUGCCGAGCAGUGGCUCGAUAGCCUAGGACGCAAGCGCACCGACAGCGGAGCACCCGAGGAUGAGAAAUCGGCCAGUUUGCUCCCCAUCACGGAGCCGCCAGCGAAGAGAUAA